CAACCCAGAUGUGCGUUAGCUGCAGGAGACAGGGACAGACUUGUCUCUCUUGAGAAGUGAAUGCCUCAGUUCCACACACCAGGUGCAAUACAGGAGGCUGCAAUUUCUCGGUUCUGGUGAGAAAAAGCACUUCUGGGCUCAUCCAGCCAGCUGCUGAGACGGGCGCCCACAAGCAUGGACACUGAAGACAGCGUCACAGAGCAGGUCUGCCAGGAGUCAGACAUCCAGGAUGGCGAGCUGCGGGAGGUGGAGGUUGCAGGCCACAAGGUGUUGCUGGUGAGGAAUAAGAUGGAGUUCAGUGCUGUGGGGAGCAAGUGCACACACGCAGGAGCCUCUCUCAGCAAAGGAGUCUUGGUGGGUAACAGACUGCGCUGUCCCUGGCAUGGUGCCUGCUUCAAUAUCAGAACUGGAGACAUUGAGGAGUACCCAACUCUGGACUGUCUUCCCUGCUUCAAGGUGCGAGUGGAAGACGGGAAGGUACUUAUUACUGCAAAAAAAAAGGACCUUGAAAGUGACCGAAAGCUGAAGGCCAUGAGUGAGCGAUGCAGGAGCAAUGAGAACACAAUGCUGCUCCUGGGUGGAGGUGCAGCUGCACUGGUCUGUGCAGAAACACUUCGGCAGGAAGGCUUUACAGGCAGGAUCAUCAUGGUAACCAAAGAAAAGCAUGUCCCGUAUGACAGGACCCAACUAAGCAAGGCGAUGGAUAAGACACUAGAAAGCAUUUACCUGAGGCAGCAGGACUUCUUUGAGGCUCAUGGCAUCGACGUUUGGACUGACAAAGAGGUGGUGUCUGUGGACACGCAGGGGCAGAAAGCCCACUUCCAGGAUGGGGCCUUCCAGCGGUACGACCAGCUCCUCAUUGCGACAGGCAGCAGCCCCAGGCAGCUCCAGUGCCCCGGCUCAGACCUGGAGAACGUGUGUUCCCUGCAAACCCCAGAGGAUGCUAACAGGAUUCUUCACCUAGCAACUGGCAAGAGGGUGGUGAUUCUAGGCGCUUCCUUCAUUGGGAUGGAGGUUGCUGCCUUCCUUUCAGACAAGGCUAGUGCCAUCUGCGUGGUGGGAAGAGAGGAGUUCCCCUUCCAGGCAGUGCUGGGGCCUCAGGUUGGAGGUGUUGCCAUGAAGAUGCUGCAGAAUAAAAGAGUGAAAUUCUACAUGAAGGCUGAAAUCUCUGAGCUGCGAGGAGAGAACAGAAAGGUUACAGAGGCUGUUUUGGCCAGUGGAGAGAAGCUACCUGCAGAUGUUGUGGUGGUGGGAAUAGGUGUCACCUCCAACUCAGGUUUCCUGAAGGACACUUCAAUUGCUAUGGACCGUGGAGGCGCCAUCCUGGUGGAUUUGUUCAUGCAAACCAACGUCCCAAGAGUCUUUGCUGCUGGAGAUGUGACUUCAUUUCCAGUCACCCUGUUCAGUGAAACAACUGCCACCAUCCGUCACUGGCAGAUAGCACAGGCUCAUGGUCACAUUGCUGCUUUAAACAUGCUGAAGAAGCAGAAGGCCUUGCACACUGUUCCUUUCUUCUGGACCUCCCUGCUUGGAAAAAGCAUCCGCUAUGCAGGCUAUGGGAAAGGAUACACUGAGACUGUUGUGAAGGGAAAUCUGGAGCAGCUGAAGUUCUUGGUCUUUUACAUCAAGGAUGAUUAUGUGAUUGCAGCUGCCAGCCUGAACUUUGACCCCAUGGUCUCUCUGGUAGCCGAAGUCAUGUACUCUGGCAGACAAAUCUCAAAAGCAGAGGCCCAGUCUUCUGAUACAACCUGGAUGAAGCAAGCCUAAUGCGAGACUGCCUGGGGGCUCAGUAACACCCCCACAGGCGUAAUAAUUUCCCAUACCCCUGUCCUCCCACUCAGGAGAAAUAAAAACCAGCAUGAAAUGGAGCAGGAGCUCUGCUUUUCAUGUCUGCAAUCACAA